AUGGACUCCUUUCCCUCUCCGCCGCUUCUUCCCGCACCGUCACCCCCCCGCGCUACCUUUGCGACCUUGCCUCAGCGCCUCGCUUCGCCCGGGCGCAUUGGAUGGGAACGAGGGGCGGCGCAAUGCAGGGCGGAGAAGGAGGCGAGCGGGGCGGAAAGGGGAGUGGAUUCGGGUAACGAGGACGAGGGAGAGCGCGCGGUCAUGCGGUGGCGAGGCGGCGACCAGGACCAGGAGCAAGACAAUGGCUCCGACAGCGACGAGGGCUCGGAACCGGGGCGCAGAAAGCGGCGGGAGCGGCGGACGUUCAGCAAAAGCGCGCGAGAGGAGUGCUGGAAGCAGGCAGCCAUGGUGGAGGGGCGCAGCGGUGAGAGGUGUGCUCCCGGGAAGGCGGGGCGGGGAGUGGUGGGCGCGGAUGGCAUGUGGCGGCGGGACGUGUUGGGCAAUGUGGUGUUCCGACCGCUGCUGGGGUGCACGGGGCCGCUGUGCUUCGACUUCGAUCACAUUGUGCCCUUCGCCAAGGGUGGCACAUCCGACGUGCACAACUGCCAGGUGCUCCAGGUGGCAGCCAAUCGCGCCAAGGGCAGUGCAGUGAGUGACAGCUGGAGGCAAGACGCCCAGCCAUUGGCCACACAUCAGCCAUCAUGCGAGGACAUGGAUGUGUUGGAGCUGGCAGCGUAUGGGGACAUGUGGCAUGGCACCACUCGCCACGUGCUGCACUCCCCUGCAUGCGAUCGCCUGCAGCAUGCCUCCACCAACAGGCGUGCCACUGGUGCUGCCAUAGAGCGCGGCAGUGGGGAUGGCAGAAAGGCUGCUGCCAACGGAGAGAGAGGAAGUGGGUGCACAUUGCAAUGA